ACCAUCUCCGUUACAAGAGAGUCGUACAACAGCACCCUCCCGUCAUCGAUUGUCUCGGACUCGGGUCCCCCGGUGAUACCAAGCAGAUCGGGACUGGAGCUCAAGGUGUCGUGUCUCAUUGAGCUGUGCGCGGAAUCCUCUCUUCACUUUUUUUUUUAAAAAAAUCUUUUGGGAUUAGCUCAGAAUCAUCGCCUGGGAUAGAAACAGGCCCCAUCUUCCAGAAAAUGACGGGAAACAUAACUGGCCCCUCGAAUGGGAACCGGGUCGUCGCCGCUCCCGGAAGCAGUCGUCACGUCCACGACGAGACAACACCACUACUGAGCGAAUCCACCCUCGAGGCCAACAACCCCGUCAACGAGGCCGCGGAAGACGACGGUGACGACGUCGGUAGCACCGGUGAUGGUGAAAUCACCGUCGUAGCCGAUGAGCUCUCUUCCACCCGUCUGGUCGUCAUCUUCGGCACAACCUGGGUGGGCGUCUUCCUCGGUGCCAUUGACGCCAGCAUCAUCGCCACGCUGUCGGCCCCCAUCGCGAGCGAGUUCCAGUCCCUGAGCCUGUUGUCGUGGAUAGCUACCGCCUAUCUCAUUGCCAAUGCGGCCUGCCAGCCCUUGUCCGGUCGCAUGACCGACAUCUUUGGGCGCGGUCCCGGUCUGGUCUUUAGCAAUAUUCUGUUCUCGCUGGGCAACCUGAUUUGCGGUGUUGCGAAGAAUGAACAGACCAUGAUUCUUGGCCGUGUCGUUGCGGGUAUUGGCGGUGGAGGGUUGAUGAGUAUCAGCACCUUUUUGGGAUCGGAUUUGGUUCCUUUGAGGAAGAGAGGUGUGGUUCAGGGGUUGGGCAAUAUUUUCUAUGGAGCCGGUGCCAUGCUUGGCGGUGUCUUUGGCGGCUUCCUUAACGACACCUCCUCCUGGGGCUGGCGCCUUGCCUUCCUCGUCCAAGUCCCCGUCAGUCUCGUCUCGGCUGUGCUUGUCUACUUCCUCGUCAAGGUCCCUCCAAAAGUCUCCAACAAGUCGCUCAUCUCACGCAUCGACUUCUUGGGCUCAUUUUUUACCAUCGCCUUCCUCAUCCUCCUACUCCUGGGUCUCAACGCCGGCGGCAACGUAGUUCCCUGGACGCACCCGCUUGUCCUGACCAGCAUUCCUCUAUCCUUCGUCAUGCUCGCCGGCUUCAUUUACUGGGAGUCCCGCCCCCGUAACUCGCAACCCAUCAUCCCCGUCCGCCUGCUCGCCCACCGGACCGUCUUCACCGCUUGCGUCACCAACCUCAUGUGCACCAUGGUCACCCUCAUGCUCACCUUUUACGUGCCCAUCUACCUGAUCGUCCUAGGCCACACCCCCACCCAAGCCGGCCUCCGCUUGCUCGCCUCCCCGCUGGCCGUCUGCUUCACCAGCUUCGGCUCGGGCCUGAUCAUGAACCACACUGGAAAAUACAAGGCGUUGGGCAUCGUCGUCGUCUCGACGCUCGUUCUGGGAGUCGCCGUCCUCACCACCCUGGGCCAGGACUCGCCCGGCUGGAUUGUCUUUGUCGCCCUCUUUCUCAUCGGAGGCGGCUAUGGCGGUAUGUUGACCGUCACCAUGGUCGCCUGCAUUGCCGCCGUGGACCACUCGCAGCAGGCCGUGAUCACAAGCGCUACGUACGCUUUCCGGUCGGUGGGUGCGACGGUGGGUAUCACGGUUGCGUCGACGGUGUAUCAGAAUAUCCUGAAGACGGAGCUGUGGGCGCGGUUCGGUGAUUGGCCGGGGGCGGCGGAGGAGAUUGGCAGGAUUAGGGAUGAUUUGGGCGAGCUGAACAGGCUGCCUCUGGCGUGGAGGGAGGGCGUGAUGGAGUCGUUCAUGACAGCGUUUAGGGGUGUGUGGUUUACGGGGCUGGGGAUGGCGGCGGUGGGGUUGGUGGCUGUUUCGUUGAUGAGACAGCAUAAGCUGCAUUCAACGAUUACGAGACGGGAGGACUGAGGGAGUGAGUGAGUUCGGAGCUGUGUGUGGCUGGGAGUUGUUAGUGUGUUGGAUAUGGGUGCGCUGUGUUAGAGAGAGGUGGAUAGUCGAGCUUGGUCACGCGGGCAUCUCGUUUGGUAAGUGAAGAGUUCGUUUGACGUUACUUUUGCGGAGUAUUUUUUUUUUGCUAUCUACAGGUAUUGUUCCUUGCGUUUGCGGCAAGACAAAAGCACACGAAGCUUAUGCUCGCCGUGCAUUUUCUACACAUGAAUCGAAGGUG